AUGGCUGCACAACAACAAGAACUAGAUGAGAAGAACCCAUUCUAUGAGUUAGUAGUCAUUUGUAGUACUUCUGGUCAAUUCGAUCAAACCGUCAAUUCGUUCAAAGAUAUUAUAAAAAAGUCUAAGUUAGUAUGUAUAAAAGACUCUGAGUUGUUAGAUUGGAUAAAGAAGUACCAAAGAAGAGUUUUGAAGUACAAUGCUAUAAAUGAGUAUAUAAACUCUAAGUUUAAAGACCCAAAUGAGGAAAUGCAGAGAAUAUUAGAGAAGAAACACUUCAGAAACAAACAGAAAGAGAUAGAAUACAUUUCGAAGAAAUUGCAAUCUUACGAUUGGAAGACUUACCCUCACAGAUGUCUUCUUAUCUUAGAUGAUUUCGCCUCUCAUCCUUUGUUAAAGAACAGAGAACAAGACAUGUGUCGAAUUCUCAAGAAGCUCAGACACUUCAACAUCUCUGUUGUCAUUUGUGUACAGACAGCAAAGAGUUUAAGUAAGGAUGUUAAAAGAAUACUUACUGAUAUCAUACUUUUCCCCGGAUUGUCCGAAGACGAUUUCAUGGAACUUAUGAAAGAGUCCAUGGCAGGUAAGUUUGACAGACAUGAACUAUGGGAGAAGUACAAAGUCAUACAAGACCCUCAUACUUCUUUCAGAAUUCAUAUCUACGCAAACAAAGUUCAAAUUGUAAAAAGUCAAGCGUAA